GUCCAGUUUAAUUCGUACAGAUGUUUCGAGUGAUUAGAUAUUAGAGAUCACCGCCUUUACUUUAGGGUUUUUCUUCUCUUCCUUCUUGUAAUAAUAUAAUUGAUCGGAGAAGAAGAAUGUGUUCUUUUAAUUGGUUUUGACAGAAUGACCAAGGGUUUGAGCCUGAUUGCUUAAAUGACAGACAAAAUUGCGAUGAUUCUCGAUGAUCCUUAUAAAGAUAAUGGUUCUGAACCCGGUGGUGUCAAAGAUGUGAUGAUUCUAGAUGAUCCUGAUAAAGAUAGUGGUUCCGCAGCUGGUGGUGUUGGAGAGGUUGUUUUGGUUCUUCGUCCGGUAGGUCUUGGUGAAUCCGGUGAAGGUAUGCCAUAUGCUCCUGAAAAUUGGCCAAAACCAGGUGACAAUUGGAGAUGGAGGGUAGGUAGAAGGACAUUGUUGAAUGGGUACAUGUGGGAUAGAUUUUUGAUUCCGCCUGCUCGUCUAUUAAAGCCACGGAAGUCAGGACAGCGAAAAGCUGUUUUUCCGAGUAUUCAAGGAGUUGUAAAAUUUCUCCAGGAGGAAAUUCCCAAUGCUGAUGUAGAUGCCUUCUUCAAGUCUUUUUGUUGGAAGAUCCCUUCAAAUGAAUAUGAUUGGCAAAAAGAUCAGCUGCUUUACCCAAUCAUACCUCUUAGGGGAGACUCAGCUGAGGUUGAGCAUUCUGGACACGAAUCAAAUACUUCGACUGUGGAUUGUAAGGCUCGAAAUUUAAUGUGCGGUGACCAACGAGAAGCAAGGAGCAACUCCCUCUCUCUACCUGACAUGGAUUGUGAUAUCUGCUGCAGUGAAGUCAAUUUCUGUCGCAAUUGUUGUUGCAUUCUUUGUUCCAAUAUUAUUGAUUGGAUUCACGGAGGUUAUAGUUUUAUUAGAUGUGAAGCUAAACAAGGUGAAGAUUAUAUUUGUGGGCAUGCUGCUCAUCUGGACUGUGCACUUCGUUCUUAUAUGGCAGGAAAAGUGGGAGGUAGUAUCGGGUUAGAUGUGGAAUAUUAUUGUAGACGAUGUGAUAAGAUGACAGAUCUCAUUCCACAUGUUACAAGGCUUCUACAAACCUGUCAAUCUCUUAAUUUCCCAGAUGAGAUUGAGAAAAUUCUGAAGUUGGGCUUAAGCAUUGUGCGUGGCUCACAACGUGUGGGUGCAUUGAACUUGCUCAACAGUAUUGAGUUGGCCUUUAGAAAGCUCAAAAGUGGGAUUUACCUUGAUGAAAUCUGGAAUAUGGAAGGCGACAUCUCAGAGAUUUCUCCAGCCUCUUACGUGAUCAAGAGCGAGACACGAGUAGUGGAAAAUAAAGAUGUUUCAGCUGGUUCAUAUUCUUUGAAUGUUGGUGCCCCUGAUCUGAAGGUGCAGAAAAGUUCUCAAGAACCUCUGUACAUAACAUCAGACCACCAGAUUGAAUCUGUGAAGCUCGAGAAGGAGGUGGAGCAAGUACUCCAAGAAUUAAAGAAGUCACAGAAGGUCGAAUUUGAAAAUGCAAAAGCAAAGCUUUAUGCUAAGAAACUUGCUAUUCUUGAUUUGUACCAAAAGCUUGAUGCAGAGAAGUAUAAACUAGAUAAUCGGUCAUCUUCGAGCAAGAAUUCUGACAUGGACACCCUUCUUACAAGCAUUCUGAACAGAGUAAGUGAGAUUAAGCAGGAACUUAUAAGCCUCAAGGAUAUGGUCCGAAUUGCCAGAGGAUUUGGAAGGACUCCUACAGGUAUUCUAAAGGAACAUUUUGGUUUGCAAAACGAAGACUGAAAUUUGCAUCUUUAGUGGGCGUUUUAUAUCACCAGCUUUUGUAUAUUCUUCAGGUUUAGGUUUUAAUUGUAUGUAAAGGUUAACCUUCUCGGGCUAGGUUCGACUAGAAAAGUAGAUAAAUACGGUUAGCCGAACAUCAUCUUUAAUGGUGUGUGGACUACGUUCAGCUUGGAGAGCUCAAAAACAACUAACCGAAUUUCCAUAUUUUGUGUUAACAGAGUUAUGUUCAGCA